AUGGCACUGCAGAACUCAGUGAUGGCUGCAAAGCACGAAGGGAAUACAGCCCUGCAGAUCAGCCCCAAGCAGACUGAUGGAACCAGGCUCCUCCUGCGCGGGCUGCUGGAGCACCUGCGGCUGCAAAAUGCUGCCACGCACCUCUCCGAGGACGAGAAGGGCCUCCUGCAGCCCGAGCUCAGCGCCAGGCCCCCCAUCCUCCUCCAUCCAGGCCAUCCCGGUGGGCCCCUGGGUGUGACGGAGCUGCCGAGCUCUGGGCAGGGACCUGGCACGCCGGCUGCUGACGCGGAGCAGAUGGUGCAGCUGAGGAAGAGGAUAGAGGUGAUUGAGGAGGGGAUGACGAAGGUCACAGACACACUGCAGGAGGUGCUCACCAACACCUGCUCCCUGAAAACCACCAUCCAGGCCUUCCAGGAGGAGCUGCAGCUCCUGAAGGACAGUUUCCAGAAGAUUGGUCUGGAGGAGCUGCGAGAGCAGGUGGUACAGCAGGACAAACACAGCCACCUCCUGCAGAACAUCCUGGGCCAAAUGGCGGAGGUGAGGCAGCAGCUGAGCUCCUUCCCCUGGCAGACCGGAGUGCUGUGCUCGCUCUGCAGGCUGCCUGCUGGUGAGAAGCUCUCCAGCCAGGACCUCAUCCCUGAGUCCUCACAGGAGCCAGCCCUUCAGGCCCCGUGCAGGCUGAGCGGGCUGUUGGAGCAGCAUGAGGGUGUGGAGACCUGCAUCACCUGCAGCAAGAGCACGCUUCAGCAGCACGCUGGCCUGGGGACCUCAGAGGAUGUGGCCAUGGAGAAGAUGCAGGGAGAAGGGUCAGAUUUCGGCAGGGAGGUGCUGAACCAGGUGGGACAGCUGCAGGAGCAGUGCACAAGACUCCAGGAGGCUGCAGAGCAGCUGUGGGGUGACUCCAAGGACAUUCAGAAAGCAGAUGAGACUACACUGGAGACCAAAACAAGCCAGGAUGAGUUGCAAAAUGCCAUGGCCCAGCUGAGCGAGAUGAUGCAGGACUUGCUGCAGAGGAUGUUCCUGCAUGGCCAGGACAGGCAUAAAGCCUCAGAGCUCACCAGACAGAUGAACUCUAAGGCACAGCGACAGCAGACUUGGAGGCUCAGCAAGCAGUGCCACUGUCAGGGACCUUACUUUGACACCAGCAGUGCCAACAGCCUCAGGAGGCACCUCUUUGAUCCCAUGAAGUGCAUCUCCUGUGACAGACCUCUGGCCGCAGCCCCAAGGCCGCCCUUGGUGACAGUCCGGAAGGCCAGCCUGCACCUCCAGUCCCAUCAGGCCAGUGCUGGUGGCUCCAACUGCCUGGCACAGCAGCUGCCAGGGAGGGAGACUGAAGGGCGCAACCAGAUCGGCCAGGGUUCCACAGCUCCCACCAGGCCACCAUCUGCCUCCAGCUCGCUCACUACCAUCUGUCCCUUCAGAGUUCCUGCAGACCUCACCUACAAGAAUGGUCAAGUGGAUAUUUUGGGCAUUGACGGAAUCGUCUACAAGGGCAGGCUAAACUCACAGGCCACCAAUGGGACCGCCACUCGGGGCAGGGACUUCCCAGGCACAAAAUCCCCCCAGCCCUCUGCCCAGCACACUGCAGAGAAGGUUCGCCGCAACCCCAAGUAUGGCAGCCAAUACGUGUCCCCGUACUCGUGUGCUGCUAUGAGGACAAGGAUGGUCUCCUCAGCGGGUCGCUGGCCAGCCUCAGCAAGUGGCAGCAGGAUGGCAGGUGUAUGAGCUGGCUGCGGGUGGUGUGAGUGUACAGCAAGGGGCUUCAGGGAUUGGAGGGGUGGGGGCCACGCUGCCCCAGCCUCUCCGUCCCCUCACAGCCUCUUAUCACAGCAGGGUAACACCAUAUGCCAUAAAUAUCUCUCCUCUGCUG